AUGUCCGUAAAAAGCUCCUCCAGAAGUCGAAGCCAGUCGUCUACUCCAUCCUCGAUCCUCAAAAGACCUAAAACACUAACAAGUAGAGUUAGUGAAAUCCAGAAUAAACCCUCUAAGGUAACAUUUGUUCUACCUCAUACACAAAAAGUAAAAUCUAUCUUCAGUAAUUAUAUCCAGAAUGGGGAAUCAAGAGAAUACGAACAAUUAGUUAUUAUGAUAAGGGAUGCUAAAUUGACAGAUAAUGACUUAUCUUCAUUACUGAAAGAAGCUACUGAGUGUAUAUCUGUUUUGGACCAAAAUUUGAGGCUAUUCGUGGAGGCUUUACUUGCCGUUCAGUGGAUCGAUAAAGGGCCUGAAGUUGUCUCGGAAUAUCAGUCUUUUAUUGUUAAUUUAUUAUCAGCUCAUAACUACCAUGCCAAAAUGGUGAUUGAUAGAUUAGUCAAAUUAUUUUUACCUAAUCCCAAUGACCCAGAUUGGCCAGAUGGAAUACCAACAGAUCAAGAUUGUAGCAAGUGUAUCAAUGUGCAUGCCCUUUUUAAUUUAUUAUUAGUUGUAGUCCCUAUGUGUCAAGAUAUAUUAGUCUCAUCAAUAUAUAGCCAAUUUCCUUAUUAUAAUAGAUCAACUCACAUUCACGAGUAUUAUAUACAUAACUUAUUAUGGAUUUUAGACUAUCGACAAAAUUUGAGGCCAGACAUCCUUAGUCUCAUAUUUUCAAAGCUCUUAAUAAUGGACGUAAAUGCUCCCAGAGAAGAAAUAGAAAAAUACCUUAAUGCCGAUGAAAAUAUAUUUACAAUGGACGAAGAUUCUAAAUCAGUGAGGUCCUCGACAACUGCCUUUACACAAGUGAACCGGCAUAUAUUAGCUCACACUUUAGACAUAUGUCUGGACAAAGUGUUCAAUUACUUCAUUUCAGAAUGUCAUGAUGCCCAAUCAGGAGAACUGGUUUGGGAAAAAGCUAAAAAAUUAUAUUUAGAAAUGUUGCCAAUAUUCGAUCGAAUAAUUUUACCUACUUACGACAUGCAUCAUGUUCAGUUCAUCAUGUUCUUGAUGACUUGCUUUAAAACUACUAUUGCAGAGGCGUUUUUGAAUUAUUUAUGGAAAAAAGUGUGCAAUCCUAAUGGUGCUCCUGUUCUUCGACAAGCCGCUGUAAAUUAUAUAGCCAGUUUGGUUGCUAGGUCGAAUUACAUCCCUUUAGCAAUGGUCAAAGGUACUUUACAACAGUUAGCAGAAUGGAUUCAUUCCUAUAUAUCCUCUCAAGAUGGUUUUGAAUAUGUCAAUUCAGAUGUAAGAAUGCAUUCUGUAUUCCACAGUGUUUGUCAAGCACUUUUUUAUAUAGUCGCUUUCAGGCAUAAAGAUCUUGUUGAAUCAAAAAAAAAUAUUGUGUUUUUGCAAAGUUUAAAUAUGGCAAAAAUGGUAACAUGUCGACUGAACCCUUUAAGGGUAUGCCAACCUGCUGUCGUUCAAAACUUUGCAGCUGUUACCCGAAAGUACCAGUUAGCUUAUUGUUAUACUGUGAUAGAGCACAACUCAAGAAACACUUUACCCACCAUUUAUCAAGAUGAGAAGGGUGCAAUAAUUAUGUCUAAUAAUACUCUGAACACUUUCUUUCCGUUUGAUCCAUUUGUAUUAGAAAGGUCUGGAAAGAAGAUUGAACCUUUCUAUAAAGAGUACCAAGAAGCAGAAGAGAGUAACGAAGUCGAAAUGAAGGAAACUUCAGAUGCUGAUGAUGAUUUUUUAUAUAAUGAAGCUUCAACUUCAUCAAAAAAUAAAAGUCAACAAUUUUCUUAUGGAAGUUCUCCGGGUUUUAAAUUUAAAUAA